UCUGAUGUCACAAGUAGCGUUCAAGUACAUCACAGACACUUGGCAUUUGGAUUUUUUCGACUCGACUAUCGGACUUGGCAAUUCAUCGCCUCAUUCGAAAUUGUGUGGUAUAAACACGAACAGCCUUACUACUUGCCAAGAACGGAACUUGCGUGGAUAAGCAUGGACAUUCACAAGAAAAGGCCCAAGCCGACAGAUGGAAGCAAUCCAUUUGAAGGGAUGAAGAUCGCUUCCCAUGAUGCACUGGUCGCCCUGAAGCAACGUUCUAAGUGUUCUGAGUGUCGAAGAUCGAGGAAGUACUUCUGCUAUAAUUGCUACGUACCUGUUCCUGAACUCAAAGACAAGCUACCAAUUGUGAAGUUGCCUGUCAAGGUUGAUGUCAUCAAGCACUCAAGAGAGGUGGAUGGAAAGAGCACAGCUAUCCAUGCUGCCGUCCUGGCUCCUGAUGAUGUCAGCAUGUACACCUACCCAACCAUCCCAAACUAUGAUGAUCCCUCUGAAAAGGUGGUGCUAGUCUUUCCCAGCAGUGAUGCUGUAUCCUUAGAAGAAUUUACACCGAGACCGGCGAAAGAACAGGACACCACCAAGGAGGAAAGCAAAGCUGAUGCCGAUGAUAAAACUAAAGAUGCAGAGUGUCCAUUCCAGAGGGUGGUCUUCAUAGACUGUACCUGGAAUCAGACAAACCAGAUCUACAACGAUGUACGACUCAAGGGCCUCCAAUGCGUUGUCAUAAACGACCGGAAAACCUGUUUUUGGAGGGGGCAGCGUAAAUCCGACUCAUACCUGGCAACCAUCGAAGCCAUCUACUACUUCAUGGUCGACUACCAGCAGGCAUUCCUGCAGGGGAAAGAGAGCAAGGAUGAGUGUCGCUAUGACAACCUCCUCUACUUUUACAGCUUCAUGUAUGGCCUUGUCCAUCAGGAUGACAGUCCGGAUGCAAAGAUGAGGAAAGAGGAUAAUGGGUAAAGUCAGGUAGUGUUUUAGUUGAGAAACCUUGGAACCGAACUGGUCUCGAAUGUUGAAAGUCUGAUGGUUUUGAGCCGAGGCAGACACAAACCAGAUGAAAACAAAAGUCGUUGCUAGGAAAGAUGAAAAUAAGUUAAAUAAAAUGGUAACGCUAUAGCUCAGAGCCGAUACAGAAGGUUUUGAGCUGAGCCAGAUGCAAACCAGCCCAGUCAAAAAAAAAAAUUGCAGGGGGGGGGGG